AUGUAUAAAGACCCAUGCUUUAUCUUUUGCAUGAAUAGAAGAUCAGAAAGUCAGGCAAACGAGGUUUAAAAUUCAUGGCGUGCGAGACAUCUGAAAAUCUGCAUGUAAUAUGUUGGGAAUUGUAUUCAGCAGAUGGUUUUAUUGGAAAUCUUUCCUAGGGAGAUCGCUAAUUUCAUUUUUAAGUUCUGAACAGCUUUGCACUUUAAAAGACAAACAACUGGCCCAGUCAAGACCUAGGCCUACUAUAUUUAGUGUUUUUGAAAUUUUGAACGCCUCGUAGAGUUUUCAUAGUGCAUAAAAAAUACGAGGUCUUUAGUUUACCACAGAUUUUCAAAACAACGCUUUUUGUACGGAAGUCAGUAAAAUCGGAGAAUGGUACUUUCGCGUUUCACCGACUGGUUUUGAUUUCCCAACGACACGAAUCUCGACUGAUUCAGUUUAAAAUCAUUUGCAAGGCUAAAGGUCCCUAAAACUAAUAACAGUCUUGGCGAUAAGCUGGUUGAAAGAAAUAUUUUGAUUAUGCGGCAAGAAUUAUUUUGAUGUCGUGAGACCACAAUCUCUCCUGCCGAUAAUUUUUGUCAAGAUUGAAUAGAAUAUUGAAGGUGCGUGGUGCAUAUUUAAACAAAAUUACACAAUUUUGGAGGGUUUUAUCAAAAUUUGAAGAUUUUUCUUUCUAAUCAUUCGUAACAAGAAAAAUGUUUUUGCCGUUCGCCGUUUUAAAGGACAUUUAAAAUAUUUGUCGACUGGAAACGGACUUCUUAAUUCAUGCGAUCAUAUUUUCUACUAUAAACAAUGUUUUGUUUUUCCAAGCAUCUUUCCGCCAAGAGGUAAAUAAUUCAUGAUUUUCAGCAGUAGAUUUUGAUGUCUGCAAGGCAGACACGGCCCGAAGGAGCGAGAAUCACUUGAUUAGGGCGUUACCUUGGUUACAAUGACGUAAUCGUGACGCAUCAACGCUUUUGAAUGGCGAAAGCCUUGAUUCACAUCAUACAACGGCUAUGGGGGUCGACAGAAUAUCAAACGGAUGAUAGAGCAUGAAAAAGAAGAGAAAAAGGCCGACAACCUAAUGCAGCUGAGGACAAGAGGUAUCUUCCAUGCAGUUAACUGUCAGUUUGUAAACUCCGUCGCUGCAAGGUGGCAGAAAAACAAUCUAGCGCUGUUUUUUCUGUCCACUUGACAUCUCGCCAUAUAAGCUCAUAAAGCUUGAUAUUGAAAUGAAGUAUUGUCCGCACUUCGCCUUCAACAAAUGAAAAUUGCGCGUUGAAAUGUUCAUUUAUUCAAAUUGUUAAUUACAAUCGUCGAUGGGAAUUUCAAUUAGUUUGCAUUUCAGUGUUUUUAGGUUUUCGAUGAAGCUUUCAUGAAUCUUCAAGCGCCGACGAGAAAGAGAAAGGAAAAGAGUUUUCCAUUUAGCGUGUGCGGUGCGCAAACUUUUACCUGGAAGUCUUAUCAAAAACUUCAGAUUGCUUUUCUUACAGAUUACUAUCGCUGCAGGGAGUUGGCAAGAAAUGUAUUUCCGUAAACAGCGUAAACAUGUGCAGUUGUUUGGGUUUUGAGUGAUCUUCAUUUUUGGCACGUCAAACCUCUUCGCCGAAUUGUUUUUGUCAAACACCGCUUUUGGACAACCCGAUAAUAGCCACCACCGAAAAUGAACUGGCGUAGAGGAAGAACGACGUUUUCAUCGAGGCCGCCGCUUCGAAAAUGUCUGAUCUUGUGUCGUCGUAUUUUGGUGAUAUCACUGUUCGUUGGUUGCGGUUUAAUGCUGAAAGCAGCAGCCGACGGCUUGGAUUUGACAGACGAAUCAAUUUUCCGAUCAAGACAUCUGCUAUCGACUGUCGAGUGGGAAACCUGCAACUUUGAAAUCGGCCACGCAAGAAACUAUUCCAAUCGUGAUUCGUGGAGGGCUCCCACUAGGGCAUAUGGCUGGCUAACGUUACAUAUAUUUUGCGUUCUUGUCAUCUUCAUAGCACUCGCUAUUGUUUGCGAUGACUUUUUCGUUCCAUCGUUAGAAGCUAUUUCUGAAAAAUUAGAUCUUUCCGAGGAUGUUGCGGGUGCAACCUUCAUGGCUGCAGGUUCUUCUGCCCCAGAAUUGUUUACUUCAGUCGCAGGUGUUACAGUCGAGAGCGAUGUUGGAAUUGGAACGAUAGUCGGGAGUGCAGUAUUCAACCUGCUUGUAAUUAUUGCUCUUACUGCGGCUUUGGCUGGAAAGGUGCUUCAAUUAGACUGGAGACCGUUAAUGAGAGACUCUGUCUGCUACGCCUUGUCAAUUGGGUUCUUUUCGUGGUUUGCAUGGGAUGGCAAGUUCGAGCUUCACGAGUCUAUAAUUCUCCUAGUCCUUUACCUCCUUUACAUAGUUUUGAUGAAGUUCAACAGCCGGUUAAUGGAGUUAAUGGCUGGAGCUAAAAUCACCUCAAGAGACGAAGAGCUUCCGCUGGCGUCUUAUACACUGCACAAGGGAGGACAAGUCAGCCCUCAAAACACAGAAGUAACACAGUUUGUCAGUAGUGACAUCGAUAUUCAGGCUGAUCAGACUGCACAAAGUUCCUCUGCUGCAAUACUUCAAGGUCGGCAAGGCACACCAGCAGGAAAGCUACCUCCUCUAAAAUCGUUGGAGAGCCACGAGGGUGAGGGGGACAACUCUCAGAUGUGCUUAACGCCAAACCCCAGCGACACAAGACACAGAUUUACACAUGCUAACAAAGGGCAGCUCUCCAAGUCAUUUAUCAAUCUAUCCCUGGGACGCAGCCAUCAUUCCGGGCCUCAAGUUAAGCCUCGGCUGUCCGUAUCAUAUCCGACUCUAAGAGACAUUUAUGACCCUAAGGCACACCGAAGGAGUUCCGUCGGAUUCCUUACCCCAGGGGAAGGACUUAGGCUCAAAUCCAUGGCACAGAAACAAGUGAUGAAAGAGUACGCCAAACGCCGAGCAGAUAUGGCGGACCAGCCAACGGUCUCUGUUGUUCACGUGGAUGCCAACGGGAAUGCCCACACAGUACCUAUGGACGAUGAUAAGGAGACAAAAGUCGGCAUGAAAUCCAUGGCUGAUGUAAAAGCAGACGAGGAGGAACAAGAGAAAAUGAGGCCUUGCCCAUGUUUACCCGCAGUGUCUGCUGAGUUCCCAGAGUACCCUGUGGAGGGAGGCGCUCUCGCUCCAUUUAAGUUCUUCCUUGGUUGGGUAUUAUUUGUACUGAGCUUUCCAUUUAUCUGUAUGUUUACCUGGACUAUUCCGGACUGCAGUAAGCCACACAACCGCAAGUACUUCCUAGCUUCCUUCACGAUGUCUAUCGUUUGGAUAGCCAUUUUAAGCUUCGCCAUGGUAACGUUGGUUGGGCGAUCGGGGUGCAUUCUUAGCGUGGACAAGUUUACCAUGGGAUUAGUAGUCAUUGCCAUCGGCACUAGUGUUCCGGAUGCUUUGAGCUCAAUCAUUGUCGCACGGGAUGGAUUUGGAGACAUGGCUGUUUCAAACGCCAUUGGAUCAAACGUGUUUGACAUCAACCUUGGCAUUGGCUUGCCAUUUGUUAUCAGAACCUUGAUUGAUAACCUGGAACCUAUCCAUUUACUAACACCAGUUGAAGAGGAAAUGCUUUCUUCAGGAAGUCUUGUGAUGGUACCGCACGUCAAAUUUGGUUUCAUUUUGUUUCUUAUUCUACUCAUCGCCCUCGGGAUUUUUGCGAGUGUACGGUUUAAAUUGAACAGAAAAAUUGGUUUCUCCUUUUUCGUCAUGUAUAUCGCGUUUGUUGUCUACGGUUACGUUCAAGAUCUGAUCUGCGACUACGACUGUUGAUCCGUGGAAAAUUUAUACUAACUCGUUACUAACUCUUAAUUAAAUAUGCUAUUAUUUGUUUAUUUUUUUUGGCCAUAAAGAUAUUCCUUU